GACGUUUUCGACGAUCCCAGUUCCCUUUUUUCAGCAACGGAGGGAGAACCGGCACUGGAAAGAGAGAGAAAGAGAGAUAUGCUUCAGAUCCGUUUGAGCAAGAUUCCGUCCUCGGAAGGUGGCGGCGGAGGGGCGAAACCGUUGCCGGUGGAGACGGUGACCGUUGCCUGCCCAGAUCACCUCGUCCUAGCCGACCUCCUAGUCGCCAAGGGCCUAGGGACCACAUCUGCUUCCUCCGUCGUCAAGACCGUUGGCCGUAGGUCCCGCCGCCACCUCGGCGAGAGGGUCCACUUCUGUGUCCGCUGCGAUUUCCCCAUCGCCAUCUACGGUCGCCUGAGCCCUUGCGAGCAUGCUUUCUGUUUAGAAUGUGCAAGAAGCGAUUCGAGCUGCUAUCUUUGCGAUGAGCGUAUUCAGAAGAUUCAGACCAUUAAAAUGCUGGAAGGGAUUUUCAUCUGCGCGGCCCCUCACUGUCUCAAAUCCUUCCUCAAGAGGUCCGACUUCGAAGCUCAUAUCCACGAAACCCAUGCUGACCUCCUACAACCCAGUGCAGAGAAGGAAGAAGGCAACGAAGCAGAAGCAAUGAACAUCUCAAGGCCCCCUUCUGCAGACCCACAUAUCAAGCAAGCUGCGCUGCCAGAUUCUUCUACUGCCCGCUCCCAGCCGAGGCCCAAUUUUUCACCCAAUUCAAACUCUCAGUCCCACGACCGCGAAGAUAAAGCUCGUCGUCACCAGCAGCCCAGAGAACAGCUGCCCCCAAAGCCGUUGCUACAGCUGAAGCCCCCACCUUUCUACAGCCGAAACCCACAUCAGCUGACCGAGCCACAGCCUGACAGCAACCCACACCAGGGCUUCGACAGGCCCUACAAUAGGUUCCAUCACCCACAGAACUUUGACAGCCAGGGUGGCCCCCCACUUUAUCGGCGAGACUCUGACCAGUUUCUCCCAGACAAACAGCCAGGUAUUCUAUCUGAACCGCCAUUUGCAGACUACCCACAACCUUUGAAUCCCCUUCAGCCCCUGAGUUUUCAGGGUCCACCAAAUGCAAACCAGGAGCCAAGUCCCCUGCCACAGUUCAACUAUCCUCCUUUUCCAGCGGAGGGAGGUCAACCCUUCUACAGCAAUAACUAUGAGCUGGCCAGGCCAGAAUUGCCAUCAGAGGGUGGGGGAUCAGAACAGGGGUCCUUGCUGGGUUUCCCACCUGCUGCCCCAGCAGGGGUUGGGGGUUUCUCGGACGGUUAUCCCCGACCAUGGAACAUGGGACUCCCAGGUAUACCGUUUGAACCAAUGCCUGUGGCGGCAGGCCAGGGAAUUCCUGAAGGGUUUGCAAACCCACCUGAUUCUCAGUGGAGAAUGCCGUUUUUCCAAGGUGAUUAUGGCAGGAUACCAGGAGGUUUGCCGAUGAAUUCUCCUCCUCUUGGUAAGGAGGGAUCUGAACAGCAGGGCAGCGCUGCAGACCAGAAGGAUGGCAAGGGCGUGUUAGCACCAGUUCCACUUCCACCUCCACCUCCGCUGCCGCCUCCACCACUAUCACAGCUCAAACGGGCGAAGUUUUCCAGCUCUGGAGAUAUGGGUAGAGAGGGUCAGGGCUAUGGGUGGCAAAAUGAAAAGCGUGGUUUUGGAAGUGGCCAGGAUUAACAAUGUUCAGCUUGUUAUUUUAUUUUUUCUGGUGUCGUGUAUAACUCUCUCUCUCAUGAGAUUUUGAUCAUUCUCAUGGUGCUGCA